UCCAUUGAAUGCGUCUUGGAUCCAUGCGAUGCAAAAGCAGAAGAAAACACCGAAUAGUCAGAUUCAAAUGUGAGUAAGAAAUCCAUAUCUUUACUGCGAAAUCUCCUCUUCAAUCAUUGUUUCUUGCCAUUUUCCAAUCGCAUGGACAUGGCGCUUCUCCUAAUUCACCUAUCUUCCAGUUGAUUAUUAUUGCCUUUAAUUGUUUCUUCUCUUCACCGAUUUCUCGCUUCCGCCGCCUGCGUAAUCGAUGGACGGAGCGGACCGCUGCUCCGCCAAUCACGUUCCUCUCACUCCAAUCACCUUUUUGGAGCGCUCCGCCGCCGUCUACGGCGACAGGAUUUCUCUCGUCUACGGACGCCUCCGAUAUACUUGGAAAGACACGCUCCAGCGGUGUACCAGGCUCGCUUCUGCGCUCGUCCGCUUGGGAAUCGCUCCUGGAGAUGUGGUUGCUGCUUUGGCACCGAAUAUUCCAGCUAUGUACGAGCUUCAUUUUGCUGUACCAAUGGCUGGUGCGGUUCUUUGCACCCUCAACAUACGCCACGAUGCAGCAAUGGUUUCUACAUUGCUAACCCAUUCGGAAGCUAAAAUCAUUAUUGUAGACUACCAGUUUCUACAUAUUGUGAAGGGAGCCAUCGAAGUUAUGUCCCAGAGGAAAGAGAAGUUGCCUCUUGUUGUCAUUAUUCAAGAGUAUGAUCAACCAUCCUCCCACAAAGAUAGAGCUGGAUCUGCUUCUGAAGAUCUUGAGUUUGAGAAACUUUUAGCCACUGGAGAACUUGAUUUCGAAAUUAGACGGCCUAAAGACGAAUGGGAUCCAAUUUCUCUUAACUAUACUUCGGGCACAACAUCAAGGCCAAAAGGUGUUAUUUAUUCCCAUAGAGGUGCAUAUCUCAAUUCUCUGUCUACCGUUCUUUUGAAUGGUAUGUGUUCAAACCCGAUAUAUUUGUGGACUGUUCCUAUGUUCCACUGCAAUGGAUGGUGUUUCACUUGGGCUGUGGCAGCACAGGGUGGCACAAACGUCUGCCAAAGGAAUGUGACUGCCAAAGAAAUCUUUGAUAACAUUUCUCAGCACAAGGUUACACAUAUGGCAGGUGCACCAACUGUUUUGAAUAUGAUUAUCAAUGCACCAAUUAGCGAACAGAAGCCACUUCCCGAGAAGGUAACCGUGAUGACUGGUGGCGCUCCACCGCCUUCUCACGUACUCUAUAAGAUGAGAGCAUUGGGAUUUUUUGUGGUUCAUUCAUACGGUUUGACCGAAACAUAUGGACCAGCAACAGUUUGCGUUUGGAAACCUGAAUGGGAUUCUCUCCCUCAAGAUAAACAGGCAAAACUGAAUUCUCGCCAAGGAUUGCAGCAUGUGGGGAUGGAGGAAGUAGACAUAAAGGAUCCAGUCACAAUGGAGAGUGUUCCAGCUGACGGGAAAACCAUGGGUGAAGUUAUGUUUAGAGGCAACACUGUAAUGAAUGGAUAUUUGAAAGAUCUCAAAGCCACACGAGAGGCAUUCAAUGGUGGUUGGUUCCGGAGUGGGGACUUGGGGGUUAGGCACCUUGAUGGUUAUAUAGAAUUGAAGGAUCGUUCGAAGGACAUCAUAAUUUCCGGAGGAGAAAAUAUUAGCUCAAUUGAAGUUGAGUCAGUGCUUUUCAGUCAUCCAGCAGUCUUGGAAGCUGCUGUUGUGGGAAGACCUGACGAUCAUUGGGGAGAAACACCAUGUGCAUUUGUGAAGCUUAAAGAUGGGUGUAGUGCUACUGAAGAAGAGAUCAUCGAGUUUUGCAGAGAACACCUACCCCAUUACAUGUCUCCUCGAUGCGUCGUGUUUAAAGAUUUGCCAAAAACUUCGACUGGAAAAACUCAAAAAUUUAUUCUCAAGCAGGAGGCCAAGGCCAUGGGUAGCCUUUCAAAGAGGAUUAGCAAACUGUGAAAAUACACCUUGAAACAUGAAAAGGAAGGUAAUGACGUUUAAGUUAGGUCCUUAUUAUGUGUUUUGGCUUUUGGUUGGCAUCCAUAUACGUCCAGGCCUACAAUCUUAUCUCUUUUUUUUAAUGGAUUUGAAUGUUUUUUUUU